CGCACGCAAAGGAAAAUUCGAAUUCAAAAAUAUGAAAUUUUACGAUUUUUUAACAAAAAUUCCAAUUUUCAUUCAACGAACACAUCUCCCACGUUAUGCGUAAAGAUUCCUAUAGAGGAGAAGAAGCCGAAAAAAAAAUUCUAGUUUUAUAAAAAAAAGGCGGCAAUAAGAUUAUCUUACUUUUUAUUAACUCUAUGAGAAUGAGGAUUCCUUAGGAACAUUCGACUUGCAAUAGACUUGAGUAUUUUUUACCUGAAGCAAAUUAGCAAAAUAUCUUUCGAUGCAGCAGAAAAAAUAUUGAAAAUGUGUCAAUAUAAUGAAGUUUCUCAAACCAAUUUUGAGUCGGCAAUUGAGGUUACACUAGCAGUAAUUAUUUUUUCUUCGUACUGUUCGGUAUGCGUUUCCAUAGAAACGAUGAACGAUCAGUGGACGCUGGCAAGCAUUUUUUCUUUUCUUUAUACGCGCUCGUACACAAUUACGAAACAUUUUUAUUCAAGUCAGUAGCCCAAAACCGAAAAAAAAUGAUAAACAUCGUUCACCCUGCGGUUACCUCGAAGCCACCUUUGAAAGAGUUGUGCACGGGUGGAGACAAAAAAACCGUGGAUAGAAAACCAACGCGACACCGUUACCGAAAUGUGGAUCCGAAGUGUUUUCCGACGGAAAAAAGUGUCGAAAAAAUUACUACGCCGACUCGAGAAUCACCUGAAGAAAUAACACUAAUCGAUCGACGAUCGGACAAAGCAAUCCUGGCAAUGAAAAAUGAUUGCAAUGAAAAUUUGAUUGAGCCGGAAUCUUCUUCUUUUCAACAACUUUGCAACAUGAUUAACGACUUGGAGACGAAUAUGGGGAAGGGAGAGCAGCAAGGACAAUUUAAUCCUUUACAAAUCAAUGUCAAAAUCCCAAUGCUGGGUUACUUCGAUCAAGAUCAACCCGAGAAGGACAGCUCAGCGAACAUUGGAAUUUCUAACGGUUCAACGUACGAGGAUAUAAUGAACUUUCUAGCAACUCUUGAACAAGACACUGUACUUCCAGAAUUCACAACUAUCAAGGAACCCCCCAAAAGAUUGGAAAAAAAAAUUAUACCCGAACAUCCUGAGAGUCUGAAGGAAGAUUUGGCCACUGCGCUUUUACAGCUGGAGGAUCGAGAAGCGACUUUAGAUUUGCUGAAGAAAGAGAUGAGAAAUGAGCGAAAAUUGGCAUGUGAAAAAAUGGAGAAAGAGAAAAAAGAGCAUUGCUCAGAGUUGCAGUUGAUGAAAUCAAAAUAUCAAGCUAUCAUCAAGAGGCAUCAAAAGUUCAUUGAACAGCUGAUAGCAGAGAAAAAGGAUUUAACAGAAAAAUGUACCGCCCUGGCACAAAGGAUCAAAGAAAUCGAAGCCAAGCAACAGCGAGAAUUAAAGUGUGCCCUCGAUAGACACGCUCUCGAAUUACAACGUGCCAAGGAGCUUUGUCUCGCGUCAGAAAAAAUACGUCGGGAACGAUGGUUAGAAGCGAAAACAUCUAAGAUUAAGGAGAUGACGGUGAAAGGUCUCGAACCUGAACUCAGAAGCAUGGUGGAGCAGCAUCAGCAGGAAAUUCAAGAUAUUCGCAGUACCCACAUGAAGGAACUUCAAGAAGUUGAACUGCGUACGAUCAGAAGAUCGAAUCAACAGUUGGAACAAUUGAGACUGGAGCUUACCGAGAGCCAUGACAAAAUAGCAGCGAAUGAGAGGGAAGCUCUUCGGACAAGGUUUCAGGAAAAAUUCGACGAGCAAGAGGCUCUCCUUCAGGCCGAACAACGAAGAUUUUUUGAAGAAUUGCAACAGGAAAAAAGAAAAUUUGCUGAGGAGCAAACAAGGAGAGACGAAGAACGAAAUUUUGCAAUAAAACAAUCGUCCCUGCAGUUCGAGGUGACAUUAAGGCCAAGUUUUCAUUUUCAUUAUUUCCCUUGGAUCGAAUUGCGAAAAUUUUCUAAAAGUGCAUUGUUAAAACAGGAAAAAAUGGCAUGCCUCGUGAGACAAAAUCAAAUAGAAAAACGUACGCUUGAGGAAUCGCUGCAAUCGGAACGAGAAGCUUGGAUCGAAAAUUAUCGUAGACAACAAAACAGCAAAUUUGAAAUCGCUCAAGCUAAAGUAAUUGACGAGUGUAAUCGAGAACGAGACAGACAAAUCGAGAUUGCUAUAGCUCGGCUCGAGAAAGAAACCCGAGAGACUAAAACAAAUUUACAGAAAAGCUGGGAGAAUAAAAUACGAUGUAUGAGAGAAAAAUAUGAAUCGGAGCUGCAGGAUGCAAAUGAACGAGUGAAAUAUCUGGAGUCAAAAAUGGUUUCGUAUCAAGAAAAAUUGGAAGAACUGGACAGACACGUUGCAAAAACGGAGGAAAGGUUGGGCCAAUGUGUGUGCGAAUUGAAUGAAUCGAGACAGUCCGUCGAUAAAUUGACGUUGGAAAGAGACGAGGCAAAGAGGAUAGCGCGGCAUGAAAUAGAAUCGGAGAAACGGGAGCUUGAGGAUAAAAUAGCUUCUUUGUAUCGUGAAUUGACCCAAAAUAAUGCGAACAGAGAAUCUGUAAUGGCUCAGUUGUACAGCAGAAUAAAAUUGAUCGUUACUCAGAAGGAUUUGUCAAUAAAGAAUGUAACGAGAGAGGCAAACGAUCUUAGGGAGAAGUGCGAGCAUUUGGAAAAAUUGUUGGACCAACAGCGCAAGGAAUACGUGUUGAAAUCGUUCUGAGAAUCUUCUUGCCCCUGCGAUCUCUCGUUCGAAAAACUCCUUCCAGCAACCAACGAAUACCGAAAAAUGUUUUAUUUUUCAGUUUUUUUUGUUCUUCUACGAUCUCGUCGAAUUUCAUGUCGAUCGUAAAAUUAGUGAAUUUCGUAGCGUAUAAUUCUUGAAAGUUAUUUAUCUCUGUGUAUAUGUACUAAAAAUAAAUGAAUCACACUUUUUUCA